UUCAGCGGUAAACUAAGACCCCAUUAGCGAAGGGGCACUGGAUAUUAAGAUAAGGUUUUAUAAAAUACCCAGAGUCAGAGCUCAAAGCUCCUUUUCCACUCCAUUAGCUUAUGAAGCUCUAAUGCACCCACAACUUAGUCACUUGCAGAGAGCACUUGGGUUUUGCCUUUGUUUUUCACUAUUUCAGUUUCAAUAGGUAAAGACAUGGAUGUUACUAGCUGUCAAAAUGGUGGUAGCAUCAUGUGGUUCUUCAGAGACAAAGGUUUUGAUGAUAAAAGCAUCAAUGAAAUGUUCAAGAAAUGUAAGCGCCUUCAAGGCGUUCACAAGGAAAGAGCCUCCGAAAACUGGUCUUACCUGAAAAGCAUUGGUAUUCAAGAGAGAAAGCUACCUUCUGUUGUUUCCAAAUGCCCCAAAAUCCUUGCCCUUGGUCUAUAUGAGAAGCUUGUCCCCAUGGUAGAGUGCCUUGCUACUCUGGGAACCAAACGCCGCGAAGUUGCUUCCGCCAUUGCUAGAUUCCCUCAAAUAGUCUCACACAGUGUGGAAGAGAAGCUUUGCCCGCUCUUGGCUUUCUUUCAAGCAUUGGGAGUCUCUGAAAGGCAACUAGGCAAAAUGAUAUUGCUAAAUCCUAGGCUUAUCAGUUAUAGCAUUGAAUCUAAACUCACAGAUAUUGUUAACUUCCUUGCCACACUUGGCCUUACCAGAGAAGGGAUGAUCGGUAAAGUUCUGGCAAAAUACCCGUUUAUAAUGGGUUAUAAUGUCAACAAAAGGCUACGUCCUACAACCGAGUUCUUAAAAUCGGUUGGUUUAUCCAAGACAGAUCUUCAAAUAGUGACCAUGAACUUUCCCGAAGUCUUGUGCCGAGAUGUUGACAAGAUUCUAAGACCAAACUUUGCAUAUCUUAAAAGAAGUGGAUUUGAGGAUAGACAGAUAGCAGCUUUGGUGACUGGCUAUCCACCUAUUCUAAUCAAGAGCAUCAAGAAUUCCUUAGAACCUAGGAUUAAGUUCUUGGUUGAGGUGAUGGGGAGGCAAAUUGAUGAAGUAGCUAAUUACCCUGACUUUUUCCGGCACGGUUUAAAGAAGCGAGUAGAGUUGCGGCACCGGCUUUUAAAAGAGAAGGAUGUCAAUUGUAGCUUAAGUGAAAUGCUAGACUGCAAUCAGAAGAAGUUCCUAUUGAAGUUUGGUUUGUUUGAAGGACUUGCCUGAGGUACUAUAGCCAUUAGCCACUUUCAAAUUCUCUUUUGAUUAUCAUUUUUCAUAUUGUAGCUUGAUUGUCACCUUUGGUACAUGAAGUGAAUUUUGUAUAUUUUUCUGAA